UCUAAUCCUAUUUAAUCUCAAUAAAAAAUUUAAAGGAACCAAAAGGCGUCAAUCACGUCACAACAAUAAUAAUGACCUUAUAUUACAAAAUGGGUCUAAAAUGGAUACAAGUACUGAUCUGGCAGAAAAGGAAGCAGAAGGAAUUUACAGAGAAAAACAGGCAAAAUUAGAAAUGGAAAGGCAACGACUUUUACACAAUAAUCACAUUAUUGAAGAAGAAAAACAACGAAUUUUGUCUGCCUUAACAGAACGUGAACAAGAAUUAGAACGGGAGAGGCAAGAACAGCUUUCCCUUACAGCAAAAAUUAGACAAAUGCAAAGCAAAUUGCUUUCGGGAGAUGGAAAUUUACUUGAUAGAACGAGAAAACAGGAAACUUUGUUGGGGCAGAGGAGGGCUGAAUUGGCUGAACAAAGGGUUUUUAUACAGGCGGACCUCAUUUUUAGAUACACCCAAUACUAG